AUGAAUCCGAACUGGCAGAAUCCACAGAAUCCGUCGAACCAAAACAGCGGACAGAGUAAUGGAAUGAGCACGAAUCAAAAUAAUGUUAACCCGAUUGGUUCCUCGAUGAACCAGUUUCCCUCGCAUCAGAACAACUCGAUGCCGACCUCGUCAAUGUCGAACUCAAUGCCAAAUCACUCGAUGAAUCAAAUGAUGAACGGGAGCAACCAGUAUCGGCCACAGCAGACCAAUGUGCCUAUGCCAAUGCCUACUCCCUCGCCUAACCGAGUUAUAACGCCGAGCCCGUCGCCUGGCCCGAGUUCUUAUAAUAUCCGCUCGCCAGCUCCGGCCGGCGUGCCACCCGCCAGUUCUGGCCAGGCAAUGAGGGUGACGACGCCUAACAUGAACAGCUUUAAUCCGAAUAUGAUGGGACAGAUGACUCCGCAGAACCCACAGGGUUUCCAGGGCAACUUCGGGAACCAGCCGAAUCAGAUGAGACCGAAUAACACACAGCAACAUGUGAACACGAUGCUCCAGAGCGUGGCGAAGCCGACGAUGGUACAGAAUCAGCAAGGAGGCAUGUCGAACCAGAUGAACCAAAUGCCACCGGGCAUGCAGAACCAAAUGCGAAUGCAACAAAUGAACAUGGGCAACAUGAACAUGAUGCCGAACCAAAUGCAGAUGAAUCCAGGCAUGAUGCAUCGACCGGGUGGGCAAGUUUACGGCCAGCCGAUUGGGAUGAACAUGCCUCAGAAUAUGCGACCGAUGGCUCCGAUGAACCCGAGAAUGGCGAUGACGAACGGGAACCAUCCAAAUGAUGGAACCAUGAUGGUGCAGUCUGGCCCGAAUCAGCAAAUGCCGAACCCGAACCACAAUCCAAACGUACCGCCGAAUCAGCAACAGUUAUCGAAUCAAGCGAAUAGUACGGCAACGCAGGACCCGGAGAAGCGCAAGAUGAUACAGAACCAGUUAAUUAUUUUGAUCCACGCAGCAAAGUGUACGAAGAGAAAUGACGCUCAAGGCACCCAAUGUCAAAUUCCUCAUUGUCAGACGAUGAAAAACGUGCUCGAGCAUUUGCCCAGCUGUCAAAUGGCGAAGAACUGUCCGGUCCAGCAUUGUAGCUCGUCGAGGCACAUUAUCGCCCAUUGGAAGCAGUGUAAGAAUCAACAGUGCCAAGUCUGCCAGCCGCUCAAGCAUCCGAGCGGCGGUAACGAUCCGAAUCGAGCUGUUCAAGGAAACGCGGCUGGAAAUGCCAAUGAACAGGGUCAACGGCCACCGACUGCUGAUCAGCCCGGGCAACAACCCGCGCAAGGCGGCCAAAACAAUACCAACAACCCUAACCAAGUCGCUAACGGCAACUGGAGAGCUGACGUCAACUCAGAACUACGAGAACAUCUCGUGAAGAAGCUCGUUUCUGCUAUCUUCCCCGGCACGGAUCAAACAAAUAACUCGACGAAUGCGAAUGACGAGCGCAUUGUGAAGUUGUUUUCAUUCGCGAGACGCGUCGAGGAAGAUAUGUACAACAAAGCUACGACGAGGGAGGAUUACUAUCACAUGCUCGCCGAGAAAAUUUACAAAAUUCAAAAAGAACUCGAGCUGAAGCGAAAUCCAGCUCAAAAUCCUGCAAUUGCAGGUGGACCGAGUCAAGGCCCGAAUCAAGGAGGAAUGCCUCGUCCGCCUAAUCCGCAGUUUCCUGGCCAAAAUCAGCAAAAUCCAGGGCAGGGGCAAAACCCGGGAAUGCCACAGCAAGGAAAUCAGCAACAAGGUGGCUUCCAAAACAACCAAGGUCCAGGAAACAUGCAGCAACAGCCGAAUCAACAGCCUUCUGGUCAGCCAAGUUGGAAUCAACAGAAUCCAGGUCAGCCUGGCGCGCAAACUCCUGGCCAGAUGAACUCCGGAAAACCGGGGCAGAACUUCAUGAGUCCGAGUACGCCGAACAACCAGAAUCAAAACCAACAGAUGCCAAACUCAAAUAUGGUGAAAUCAGAGCCUGGCGUCGAGACAAAGCCCAAUGUGCAAAAUACGCAGCAAAACCCAUCUAAGUCCUUUAAUAAUCAGCAAAGUAACGCUGGAGAUGUCAAACCGCAAAUUAACACAACACAAUCCUCGUUUAAAAAUGAAAAUGGCUCGAUGAUAAAACAGGAAAAUGAAGAGAAACCGAACAUGCCCCCAGAUGCGAAACCCUGCCCGAUCAAACGCGAGGCCCAAAGCCCCGCGCCAAGCCCAAGCCCUGUUUCGAAAAAGCAGAAGGAAGAGGUCAAGGAGGAGACCGACCCCGGAACGCUAAAGAAAUGGAGCGCUCAGGAAUUGAGGGACAUGCUCAUGCCUAUUUGGAGGAAGGUUUACGAGCAUCAAGACGCCCCACCAUUUCAAAUACCAGUCGACCCAGUCGCACUCGGUAUUCCCGACUACCCUGAAGUCGUCAAGAACCCAAUGGAUUUAUCAACGAUGAAUACAAAGUUGGAAAUGGGAACUUAUGAGGAGCCUUGGGAAUUCAUCAAAGAUAUGUGGCUUAUGUUUGAGAAUGCCUGGCUUUACAAUAAGAAGAACUCACGGGUGUAUCGGAUGUGCACAAAACUUAAAGAGGAGUUUUUGCGAGCUGCAGAGCCCGCCAUGAGGAGAAAUGGCUUUUGUUGUGCCCAGUCUCUAACAUGGACCGCAUUGCCUCUUUGUUGUUUUGGCAAGACAACCUGCACUAUCAGCGUGGGAAGCUGGUACUACUGUUACGAGAGUGACGGUACGACGGGUCCAGCUAUUCCGAUGAAUGUUCCUGGUCCUCAAUUUACCGAGAAAAUCUACUACUGCGAAAAGUGUUUCGGUGAUGCCAAGGGAGACACCAUCGCAACGAGUAGUGAUCCCGACAAUCCCGCUCUCCAGCCAAAAACGAAGUUCUCAAAGAGCAAAAACGAUACGCGAGACUUUGAGCCCUUCCAGAAAUGUAAACGCUGCGGGCGAAAGAAUCACCAAAUCUGCGUCCUUUAUAAAAAGGAGAUUUGGAAGGAUUUCAUCUGCGACUUCUGCCAGGACAAUACGUCCAAGCGGCGCAAGAAGAAUCCAUUCACAGCCGAAAACUUGCCGGAAACUGAAUUGUCCAAGUUUAUCGAGGCCAAGGUCAACGGCUACGUCACUGCUAAUGACAAAAACAACGAAGCAGGACAUGUGUACAUUCGUACUGUUUUCGUGGGCAACAAGGCCGUCGAAACGCGCUCUGGCGUCCGCAAAGAGGGAGAAACAGCUGGAUACCCAAUCGCCGAAAAGUUCAAAUUCCGCGCAAAAGUCCUCUUCGCUUUCGAGCAAAUCGAAGGCGUCGAUGUCUGUUUCUUUGGCCUUCACGUGCAGGAAUACGAUGAUAAGUGCCCUUCGCCAAACCAGCGCCGCGUUUAUAUUGGAUACCUCGAUUCUGUUAAAUUCUUCCAGCCUGCUUGUCUCAGAACAGGCGUUUACCACGAACUUAUUAUGGGAUAUCUUGAAUACUGCCGAAACUUAGGAUAUGUCUGGGCCCACAUCUGGUCUUGUCCACCAUCUGAGGGAGAUGACUACAUCUUCCACUGCCACCCUCAGGAGAUGAAGAUGCCCAGAUCCAAGCGACUUUGUGAUUGGUACAGAACGAUUUUAAAUAAGGCACAAGACCGUGGCGUUAUUACCGAAUUCAAAGACAUCUAUUCACAGGCUAAAGAUGACGGCGUUGUUUGCGCUACCCAAAUGCCCUACUUCGACGGUGAUUUCUGGCCGACUGCCAUCGAGGAUCUCAUCGCAGAAGUCCUGAAAGAGCAAGCCGCUGAAGAAGCAGAAAUGGCCAAUGAUGACGGCAUGUACAGCGACAAGGCGAAAUCGAAGAAGAAGAAUCAGAAACGAAACAAAAAUAACAAAGGCGGAGGAGACUUGAUGUCCAAGUUGAACAGCCUCAUGGAGCGACACAAAGAAGUCUUUUUCGUCAUUCGUAUGCAUUCUGCCGACAGUGUACCUGCUCUCCCUGCGAUCGAGGAUCCCGACAAGGACAUGCCUUGCGACUUGAUGGACGGACGAGAUCCCUUCUUGAACAAAGCUCGAGACGAGCAUUGGGAGUUCUCGACUCUCCGAAGAACCAAGUACUCAUCCAUGUGCUUUUUGUACACCCUUCACAAUCCUGACAAUCGCUUCUCUUCCGAAACCUUCUCCUGCAACAACUGCGACGCCCGAAUCACCACACGAUUCCACUGCAAGGUCUGCAGCGACUUCGACCUCUGCGCCAAGUGCAACGAUGCUAUUGGUUCGCAACACGAACAUCAGCCGCUCGAAAAGAAGGUCGCCAACAACGGCAUCUUUGGAGGCAAUAAUGAUAACGAUUCUAUGACAUCCAACGAGAAACGAAGAGAAGGCAUCCAACAGUGCAUUCAGAACUUGGUUCAUUCUGCCAAGUGCCGAGACGCAAACUGCAACAGACCCAACUGUCAAAAGAUGAAAAAGAUCAUCGAGCAUUCUAAGCGAUGUGCUAAAAUGAAACAGAAGCAGAAGAACAACCAGCAAUGUAACAUUUGCAAACAGUUCAUCGCUCUCUGUUGCUACCACGCAAAACAUUGUGAAGAAAAGUCCUGUAAGAUCAACUACUGUGCUCAAAUCAAGCAGCGUCUUCGCAUGCAACAGGAGUCCACCCGUCGGCGACAAGAAAAACUCAUGCGUCGUCGUAUGGCUCGCCCAGAGCUCGAAGCUCCGGCUACUCCUGGACCAGCCACUCCAGGCCCACCAACUCCAUCUAUGGGUAAUCCAGGAACGCCGAAUCCAAACGUUGCCUCGAAGGGAGGCAUGCAAGGAUCAAGUAAAUUGGGUCAAAUGCAAAAUAACGGCAAACUGGGCCAGCAACAGAAUAACCCAAUGCAGCAGCAAAUGCAUCAGUACUCAAGCAGUCCGAAUAUGAUGAACCAGCGACAAAUGCAAUACCAGGGUCAAGGCGGCGCACCGACGGCAGCAAUCAAAGCCGCCAACAAGGUCGUCCAGGAAGCGAUUCAAGAAGGAAACAAGUCUAUGCGUGAUCAAUAUAAUCCUCCGCAGUCUAUGUACAACCAGAUUCCUCAACAGAAUCCCCCCUUCCGAUCUCAGGGAUAUAACAUGCCGACCUCGCAGCAACAGCAGCAAGGAACCAUGUUCAUCACCCAACGCCCGAACAACCACAAUAGCCCGAUGAACACUCAACAGCAGCCGCAACAACAUAUAGACAACACGAUCAAAAUCAUCAAGGAGUCAACUGAUCCGAAAGAUCCAAAGAUCCUCAAUGUGCUAAAACAAAAUCCGCAACAUGUUGCCCAAAUUUUCCGCGAUAUCAAUCCCAGAAAUCCUAAUCAAACGCAGAACCGAGUGAUGAUCAGCGCUCCAAACAACCCUCAAAUGCAGAAUCAGAUGAGCAACAUGCAGCCAAACAUGAUUAACGCACCUCGCCAGAUGAUGCAAAAUCAGAUGAGGAACUGGCCCCAGAACCAGGGUCCGAGGAUGAUGAUGCCUAAUCAAAUGUCGAACAACAUGGGCAACUCGCAGAUGUACCAGAUGAAUCAGAUGGGCAUGAUGCAGAGUGGAACGUUUGGGAAUCAAAUGAAUAGAGUGUCGAUGUCAAACAACGGCAUGCAACCAAACAUGAUGCAGAACAACAUGAUGAGCAACGGGCCAAUGAUGGGCAACGGAAUGGGAGGUGGAAUGGGGGCACAACAGAAUAUGAUGCGCCCCCAGCAGCCGCAGAUGAUGGCUCAGGCUCCUAGAUUUCAGCAGCCGGGCAUGAGCAGCGGUCAGUCCAUGAUGUUCAACCAGGGCGAUCCGCCGCUAGGUCAGCAGCCCAACGCUGACCCAAGCCAGUCGUAUGCCCAGACGGUUGAUGGACUGUAG